CAAUCGGACAUUAUCCGUAAGGAAUAUUUAAUUUUCAUCAUUUAAAACGCACUAAUUCAAGUCAAAAUUUUGUGCUUCAAACCUGAUCGCGGAAGAAAGGCUUUUUCCCCGAUUGGCGAAGAUCGCCUUCGUUGACUGAAGAAGGGGACGAUGCACGCACACGCACGUCGUCUCGAUAGCAUGUUCAAUUGUUUACAAUUGGACGAUCAUGUGUGACUGAUAAAAGAUUUAUUUCAAUAACUAUAAAUCCAAUUAUUACGUCUAUUAUUUUUGGAAUUCAAUAUGAGUGAAUCAUUUCAAUUAGACGUCUGGAAAGGAGAUUGGGGCCUUCCAUCUGUGGAUAUUUAUUGUCUUAAUGCACUGGCCUAUGCAAAAUUCAGUGGAGUACCACUCAAAAUAAAUCCUACUAGUAAUCCUUUUCGAACACCAAAUGGUGUGUUACCUGUUCUUCGAUGCGGAAAUGAGAUCAUAGACUCUGUGAAGGACAUAAAAGCAUUUUUGCGACAGCGGAAUUACACAGCUGAUUGCAAACUAACACCUAAACAAUGUGCAGAGGUGGUAGCAUACGAUACCAUGGUUAAAGAAAAAAUUUACCCAGCAUUACAGUAUAUUUGGUGGGUGGAUGUAGGAAAUUAUAACGAAUUCAUACGACCGUGGUAUGCCAAAGCACUACCAUUUCCAUUGAAUUUUUAUUACCCUGGAAGAUACGAAAGGCAAGCUAAAGCAAUGAUGGAGUCUCUGUACCCCACGGAAGAUGAAAUUAGUGUUAUAGAAAAUGGGGUAUAUUCAGAGGCACAGAAGUGUAUGACUUUGUUAUCAACCAGACUAGGAGAAAGUGAUUUUUUCUUCGGUUCUCAUCCUACUUCACUAGAUGCAAUAAUCUAUUCCUAUCUCGCCCCACUGCUAAAAAUUCCAUUGCCAAAUUCAGCUCUACAGAACCAUCUCAAAGCUUGCACGAAUCUAGUCAAAUUUGUAACCCGCAUAUCACAAAGAUACUUUGAUAAUGUGGGUCAGGAAUAUGAAAAAAAAAAAGCUGAAGAGAAUGCUAAAAAAUUGCAUAGGGAUUCUGAGACUGAAUUUCCAAAUAGAAGGAGAAAUCAAGUUUUGGCUGGGAUCUUCGCUACCUUGGCUAUGGUUGGUUAUGCUUUUUCAAUUGGCAUUGUUGAGGUACUAGUCUAUUUAUUGAGGCGCAGAAAAUUUCUUAAGUAUAUUAAGAAAAAAAAGCUACGUAAAAUUAGAGGAUAAUCAGAUGCUAGAGGGCCCGACAGAUUAUAUGCUGGAUGCUCGAAAUGAGGAUGAAUAACAUUUGCAUCUGAAUAUGAAUUUUACUGUGUGCAAAGAUAACGAGAUACAAAUUUGAGGAUUUUAAUAAAUGAAAUUUAUUUUAAAUUGAUACGCGUGUAGAAAGUCAGUUGAAUCUGUGAUUCAAACUUUGAAGAUACUAUAGAAUUACUGUAAAUGGGAAUUACUGUUAACUAAUUGUAAGUACUCAUUAUCUUUUUGUUGUCAAUGGUUAGCAUGUGAGAUUACAACAACAAAUGCUCAACAAAUAUUCCACUUCACUCACUGACUUUCAUUCGAUGCAAGAUUGAAGAGAUUACCAUCGUUAACUAGUAUGUAUUGGAAAUUCAAGAUACAUUUUCUCUAACGCAAAUAUAACGACGGCGAAAAGUAUCAGAAAUAAAUAUUUAGAUUAUAGUA